CCAUCCCCAUCCCUCCCUGCCCCCAGCCAUCUCCCACAGACCCCUAUGGGGCCCCCUGCCAGCCCCCCUCCUCACAGGACAUCCCCUGGGCCCCCUGCCGUCGCCCCGGAAGGCCGUACCCCCGCAGUGACGCACACGGGCAGGAUCCCAGAGCCGCCUGCAGGGGACGCUUGCCCUGGCCCCUGGCCGACCUGGGUGCGAAGUGCUGGGAGCUGCCACCGGUCCCAGCCCAGCUCUAGGAGCCCCAGGAGACCCCGGCUGCAGGGCAGGCGCCUUCGAUCCAGUGCCCCCAUCCCUGGCAUUGUCAGCUGCUUCCCCAUCCCCCAACUCUGCCCCCUCGGGGCCCUGCUUACAGCCCCAGCUGGGCUCUUCCCAGCCGCAGCCAAGGGUCCAGGACUCUGCCCUCCCCCAGCCCCCUUGCACCCUGGACUCAUCUGUUGGCGCACAGCAGCCCCCUCCUCCGGCUGCUCCCUCCUCCUCCUUCUCCUUGACCUCCGGCCGCCCUGGACCACACGGCGCUCUGGGGCUCUUGGCUCCACCACGGCCUCGCGCCCUUGGCCACCCACUCCGCCUCCUCUCAAGGGCUGGCGGCUCCAGACCCCUCCCCUGGGGCUGUGCUGGGGUGGGGGGUUCGCCACUCUCUGUCAUGCUCCCAGGGUUGGUUUUCCCCGGCUCUGUGCUGGGGGGAGCCAGACCCCCCAGGAGAGCAAGCUCCGGGGAGCGCAGGAGACGAGGAAGGGGCACAGAGGGGAGUCCCCUGGGAGAGGACGCUGCACCUCGAGAUGGGGCUGGGAGUCUCAGGUGGGCCCUGCCCUGCGUGUCGCCCGGUGUGGGGGCAGUGCACAGCCUGGAGCAGGCAGCCCGGCUCCGUCAUCGCCACCCUGCCCUUUAAUCGGCAGCACGGCCCAGAGCUGAGCUACAGGUGGUCACCGAGGGGGCUGAGCCAGGCGUUGCAGCCUGGGAGCGGGAAGCCAGGGCGGGGCAUGGCGUCCUGGGCCCACAUGGCAGCGCCAAGCACUCGACCCUGAGCCCAGGCCCAGCAUCCCAGCCAUCACUGAGGGGCGAAGGACCAGGCGCCCGCCUGCAGCUCCCCGGCACGGCCAGGCACAGGCAGGGCGUGUGGCACCGCGCGGUGCCCUUGCCCUGGGGAGAGCCGAGCUCCCCAGCCCAAGCCCUGGGAGAACUGGAGGGAGGCUCCGGCCGGGGCCGCUCGUUCUCCUCCCAUGCAAAGUGCCAAGGAGGGGGCGGCCGGGGAGCGUGGGAUGCUCGCCCGGAUACUGCUCCGAACAGGAACGAGCCGCGGCGUCUCUCCUUACACGUCCCAGGAGGCAGAUAAGGAGCGAGCGCUGUGGGGUACUCCCAGCAGCUCCCCGCAGGCAGGGCACCCGGCACGCAGCACCUCCCAGUUCUCCCCAGGACCCCUCGCCUGGCCAGCGCAGCCGCCCAGACCUGUCGAUGGGAGCAGGCUGGCCCGGGGACUAGCAGCACCGCUGUGCUGGGCAUGGCCGAGAGCACCUUUGCAGGAGCGGAAGGGAAGCGAAUGGCCGGCCAGGGGCCGGCGACGUGCACCCCCAGGCCAGCCUCUGCCCCGGCUGGCGGGAAGAUGAGAGGCAGCCCAAGCUCACCAAGGCUCGCCCCGGGCUGGAGGAGAGCAAGCCAGCGAGAGGUGGGCAGCAGCCAGGGAGCCACCAACACGCCCAGCCGGUGGCACAGCACAACGGGGACCCUCCCAGCUGCAGGCAGGGGCCAUGCCAGCUGUGCUCUGCCCAGAGGGAGCGCGGGGAAGCUGUGCCCCGAGAAUGCGGCCCGGGAGCGCAGCCGCGUGCGGACCCUGCGCCAGGCCUUCCUGGCGCUCCAGGCUGCGCUGCCCUCAGUCCCGCCAGACACCAAGCUCUCCAAGCUGGACGUGCUCGUCCUGGCCACCAGCUACAUCGCCCACCUGACCCACACCUUGCACCAGGGCCAGCUGCCCCCCGAGGCAGCCCCACUGGCGAGGGCGCCCAGCUUCCUGCACCCCAUGAAGAAAUGGCCCAUGCGGUCCCGUCUCUACGCUGGAGCCUGGGGAGCGGAUGUUGCUGACCUGCCUGCAGCUGCCCCCGCAGCCCCCAGCAGCAGGAUGAGGAGGGGCUGCGAGGGGGGCAGCCCGGGGGCCAGCGGGGCAGCCCUGUGACACCUCCCAGCCUGCAGCCCAGCGCUCCGGCUUCCUGCAUGGAACCGAGCCCGGGGCUGGCCGAGCCGGCUGCCUGCGCCCCACGGGACCCCAGCACUCUGCAGGGCUGGCCCGGACUCGCCUCAUCUCUGAUCUCCCAGACCCCUGGCAGCAGCAGCCAAGUUCACCGGACCUGGCUGCCCCGGCUGGCACCGCCUCCUCCCACUGGCUCCAGCCCUCCUCGGGGUCUCUGCUGGCCCCGUUGCCCCGGCUCUCAGCCGACCCGGCCUGGCCAGCGAGGGAACGCAGGCAAUGGACUGAUCCCCUCCCUGCGGGGAGACAGCUGGGCUCCCAGGCCGAGGGGAAGAGGAGGGAAGAGAUGGGGGAGGAGGAAGGCCUCAGGCCAGAGAGCAGGUGGGAGCCACAUCACAGAGUGCCCUCCUUGCCAUGGUCCCCGACCCCACAUUCCAGCCCACGCUGUGUGAUCCGGUUUGACGGGCAGCACGGUCUGGUCCUGGGCAUCUGGACUCCUGGGUUCUGUUCUCACGGACGCAGCUGGUAGCCUUGGCCAGAUCGCCGGAGCAUGUAGGGAUGGGAUCCGAGCCAGGAGCCACCUCGCCCGCAGUCCCGGCUCUCACAGUGGCCAGUGCCAGGCGCUGCACAGGGGGGUCCCAGAAACCCGCAGUGGCAGCUGCAGUUAAUCUGCCCCGAGAAGGUCUCCCUGGUCUCUAAGCAGGAGCCGCUCGAGGCCUGAAGCUGGGGUUUCACUGGCUGCCCCGAAGUGCUCUUAAGGCCGAGUUCAGGCCGAGUGCUGACCCUGCCAUGUGCCCACCCACAGCAUAGGCUGCACUGAGCCUCGGUCCCGUCUCGGUGCCCUUGGGAGCCCGACCGUCCCCUGCAGUGCAGACAGGCAUCCGGGACACUCCCUGUGCAUGUGGCUUGGAGAGCAUUAAUGGCGGGAUCGCCCCAACUGUGUGCUGACUCAAGCCAGGGCCCCGGCAUGGGGACCUUCGAGCGGUUUGGCUGUUAAAGUGGGUGCCUUAUGGGCAAACGCCCCCUCCCCGCACCACUAACCCUCCUCCCGCCCAUGCACGGUGGGCCCGUAGCACCCCCAGGGUUACGGGUGCACCCGGAUUUACAUUUGAACCAGGGCAAAACAGAGCUCCAGCCAUUGCGUGUUUCGCUGUACGGUGUGAUUUGUACCUGCCCCAUGUGGUCUGGGCACGGCUCGCGGUCGUGGGUGGGGGCGCGCUGAGGUCUGCUGCAGCUGUUGUGAAAGGCCCUGGCAGUAAAUGUUUUCUAGUGUCCAACACGCCUGCAGAGCCCCUCCCCCACGGACCAGCCUGCUGCAGGGGGCGCAGCGCUGGGGGGCGCUGGGUUCGCCUGGCCUGGAGGAGUUUGUGCGGGAAGCGCUUGGCUGGGUUUAUUUUCCACGAUAAAGGCGACUUCCUGCCUUGGUCCCUGGCCCAGGACUUGCGUGCCAGUGUGGAUGCCCUUCUGGGCGCUCGGACCCCUCCGCAGCUCCUGGCCUGGCGUCGCUCACUCUCGCGCCCGGGGUUCAGGGUGUGGAGAGGAGCAUGGGGCACAGGGAUGUCCCCUGGCCGCAGCCACUUCCUUGCAUCUUUCAGCUGCCUUUUCUCGCAGCCCUGCUCUUCUCCUGGGCGACUGGCUCUGGAGUUGGCAGUGCCAGUGCCAGAAGCAGGAACUGCUCCCUGGAAAACCGACCAUACACAGCACAGCCUGGCCAAGAGCUGCCAGGGCAGGACUCCGGCAUGCAGGGCUUGGGUGCCACCUGGGCGGGCUCAGUGGCCACAGCCUGCCUGGGAACAGGCACAAGGGACUGCUGGUGGCUCCCCCAGCCUUGCUUGUUUCCCAGAGGGGCCGUAGGGGGCAGCAGCUGAAACCAGGCCCCGCGGUGAGAUCAGCCAGUCUCAGCCCCAGGUGUGUGCCAGGCAUGUUACCAAAUGUGGCCGUGUUGGGGUGUCCCUAAAUCUCUGCGUCCCCUUGCUGGGACCACAGGGCCUACAGCGGGGCCCCUGAGCACAGCCAUUCUCCGGCCAAGCUGAGACACGGGAAUUUCCCAGCACUCAGAAGAAUCAGCCCUUAAAGAGUGAGCAGGUUUCAACCACUGCCUUCCAAACAGUGACUCUCACUUACACCGCUGCUGGAGAGUCCUGUGAGCCAGAGGCAGCCCCUCUUUGAACCUUCCCAGAUACUUGCCUCACAACUUCCUGUGGCAGUGAGUUCCACAGGCUAAUUAUGCAGCAUGUAACCAAGUCUGCAUUACUCCCUUUGAAUGUCCUUGAUGGUCCCCUUAGCCUUGUGCUGUGGGGUUUGCAGAGCAGAAUCUGCCUUCUCUGAGCGUCCUGGUUUUACAGACUUGUAGCACAUCCCUUCUCUGUCCCCCUGGAAGGCAACAAGCCCAAUCAUCUGUCUCUGCACAGCAGAGAUUUUCCAGCCCGUGUUGCCCUCUGCUGACCCUCCCGCUCUGCUCUCUCCUUGGCAGGGGAGGGCCCUGCACUGCACAUGGUGUCUCUGGAUUAUUCACCACCUCCUUCCUUGUGCAACCCAAUGCUUGGGCUCUGUCCCCUGGGCGCUCCCUGCCCCCAUGGGAGGCUGAGCCAAUGCACAGCUGGGGUGCAGCUGGGCCCGGCCCAGCGAAAGGGGGGCCCAGCCAGGCAGCCGACUCCUGGUGCUGCGGGUGGGAGGCUCUGGAGGAGCUGCUGGUGCAGUGAGAGGAACCAGCAACCCAGCUCCAUGGGAAAGAGGCCAGGGCCAAGGCUAGGGCCGUAAAUCUGUCCGGCACCUGGACAGCGUCCCGCUCACUAACGAGGCCGCCUUCUCCUCCGCUCAGCUGCCUCUGCCAGGAAGGGGGGUCCUUCGCAGCACAGCUGGGGCCUGGGGAGCACUGCCCCCCAGCCAGCCCUGUGCCAGCCCUGUGUGCCCCCGGCUCUCAGCAAGGAGCCACUGGGAGCAGAGCUGGGGGGCCCCCUCGCUGGGGAUGGCUGGAUGCAGCUGCCCCAGACACCUGGUCUCCCCGUCCACGGGCUGGGCCAGGGAUCUGGACGAAUGGAGGGACGAACAGACAGGGCCUGGGGCCUGUGCUGCUGUGCUUUGAGCCUGCAGAGCAAAUGCGGGGGGGGAGGGGGGAGUUUGGUGCUGCAGGGUGUUGGGGGGGGCGGGGGUUGGAGCUUCAGCCUCUGGCAGCUGGAGCCUGCCUAGGGGCCAGGACAAAUCACCCCCCCAUUCAUGUCUGGAGAGGGGCUGCCUUGGCCACGGGUUCAGUUCUGCCCUUGCCCAGCCCCCGGCACUCAGGGCCCAGCUCUGUGCAUGCAGCGACCCCCACCCCAGCCCUCCCCACGACCCUGCCCUGGGGUUACUGCCUGGCCGGGAUUUGACCGGCCUGGCCCUGUUUUUUAGGGAUUUGCAGUUGCCAGGAAAAGACCGGCCUGUGCCGGGCUGUUUGACAUGGGGCCAAAGCAGGGUUCUUCAGCGGGGGUCGUGCGCUGUGACCCCACCCCGGCCAGGCGGGACAGCAAGGUUUGUGUCUUUGAUUUCUAGGGGGCUGGGCGUACUCAGAGGCUUCCUGUGUCAAUACAAAACAUUUGAGAACCACCGGGCUGCAGCGUCGUGUCUCCCCGUGCGCCGGGCUGGCCAGUGUGAAAGGUCUGGGGCCGGCGCGCGGUGCUGCCCUCUUCCCACGGCCACAGGCCAGGCGAUGCCCGAGCAGCCUGGGGGCCAGGCAGCGGCUGGCUGCCCCGCCACGCGAGCGGCCGUGCGAUGAGGAGCCGUGCGAUGCGCCCUCAGGCGUGCCGAGCUGUGUUACCUCGCUAGGCGUGGCUGCUGGGGGAGGGCCAGGGUUCCCUGGCGGGGCUGGGUUUUUUGAAGCUCAAAGGUGGUAACCCCACCUGGCCCCACAGCCGUGCCCAAGCCCACUGCAUUGUGCCAGCCCAGCCCCGGGCACUCCCAGCCCAGUAGCCGGCACCCCGGCUCCAGCUCAGCAAGGGCUCUGCUCCC